CAAAAGAGCUUUGAACUUUUGAAGGGGCAAUUAACCUCAGGGCCUUGGACACUCACUACCUACGGCAUCCUCGGCGUUCGUCACAGGCUUCCUUGAUUGGCAAGUCACCGUCGCACGAGAUAGCGCGGGUUUUUAUUAACCGCAAUCGGUUGAGACAAAUACCGACUGAAUCCCAUCCUUUCAUCCCUCAGGGUUAUCGCAAACACCACAAUCGCUCAUCAUGGCUGGCGCAAAUAAGAAAAUGUUUGGGCUUUCCCAUGUGGUUCCUGUCAUCAUGCCUCUUGCUCUAGGUUCUGCUGGAUAUGCUGCCUAUCGGAUCAAUUGGGGUCCUCUGAUUAAGGCUUUCCUUACAGGACCUGGCCGGACGUCGCGGAUCCUGUUGCUGUUGUUCGUUGUGUUCAACUGGAAGAGCAUGCCCUUUGCUUGGACUUACCGAGUCUUCUACGUGAUCUUCUACCAUACCUUCUGGCGCAAAUCGCCAAAUCUUGGACCCGAAGCCCUCUUCAAACCCAUGAUCUCUACCACCCACGCCCCUCUUCUCGAGAUCGACUACAACUUACACAAGUCUAAUUCGACCUAUUUCGCCGAUCUCGACGUCUCACGAUCUCACCUUGUUACAUAUCUCUGCCGCGCAUCCUAUAUUACACUCGCCCAAAACACCAAGACGAAGAUUGUCCUAGACCCCAAGACCGAUAAGCCUAUCAAGGGCCAGAUGAGCAUCAUACUUGGUGCUGUCGAGUGCAGCUUCAAGCGCGAGAUCCCUGCGUAUAAAAGCUUCGAGAUGUGGAGUCGCAUUCUAUGCUGGGACCGCAAGUGGUUAUACAUCGUGACACAUUACAUCCCCAAGGGAGCUGCUAAGCCAACAUCAUGGCUUGACCCCACGUUCAAGAAGGUUUCUGCGCGAGGCCCUCAAGAUGCUGCCGGUGGAUGGGAGAAGAAGAUCUAUGCUACAGCUAUAAGCAAGUACGUUUUCAAGUUGGGUCGCUUUACUGUGAACCCAGCUAUCAUGCUUGGCGGCGCCUCUGGCCUACUACCUGAGCGACCUGGAGGUUGGACAUCUGGUGAACAGCAACUCGGCGAUCUUUCUGCUGAUGUCUCAGAUGUGGACUUGGAUGUCCCUGGAGAAUGGGAUUGGCGACGUGUUGAGGCGCAGCGACGUAAGGGUAUGGAGUACGCAAAGCACUUCCAGGAGCUCGAUAACUUGCAUGACUUGUUUGAUGGAGGCAAUGAAGGCGCUCUUGGCAAAUUCACACCCUAAAUCAAGCGAGAUAGAAUGUGUCAGACCAGACAAAGUUGGAUAAAUAGAACUAGAACAUAUACGUGGGCAGCAACCCGUCCUUAGAUAUCGGCGUUGUGUAGACGGAUCGUCAGAGCUAGAAGGAAAACAGGGUAGUAUCUUGAGUGCCUCAUCGGUAGGCACCUUUAAUGAAUAUAUGACGC